GAGAAGGUAUACUCCUAUGCAGUAUGCUGCUCAAACUGGACAUAAAAAUUACCUUAAACUACUUCAAGAUCAAGGAGCAGAUAUAAAUGUACAAACUUUAGAUGGAAAAACAUUGUUGCACUUGUCUGUGAGAUGUAACAAUUUCGCGGUUGUUGAAGAGUUACUUAUUAUGGGAUGUAUCAACGUUAACGACAAGGACAACGCCGGAUUAUCAGCUCUUCAUUACGCAGCUGAAGAAAGACGAUUCGAGUGUUUACAAUUGCUGAUGAAACAUGGUGCUGACGUUAAUUCUAGAAAAAACGCUGGUCCCACUCCAGUGGAUAUGAUGUUUUUAGAUAGAAGGAUUUACGUAAAUCAAGAUGAUUGUUUAAAAGAACUACUGCUAUGUAGCACAAUAGAUGUGACGUUACAAGAUGAAAAUGGUUUCACAGCGCUUCAUCGUGCAUCAAAGUUUGGACUUGAAGAUUGCGUGAAGCAUUUGUUGGUGCGAGGUGCUGGCAUUAAUACUCAAGCAAAUAACGGACAAACAGCGUUUCACAUUGCAGCACAAGAAAAUCACCCAGAUUGUAUGAAACAAUUGCUGCGCAAUCAAUCGCUUGACGUAACGAUCAAAGAUAAGAAAGGAUUCACUGCGCUACAUUACGCAGCAACAUGGGGAAUCGUCGAACACUUGAAACAGAUUGUUGAGCGGGGAGCAUCUGACGAUAUCCUAAAUGCCCAAACGAAUGAAGGAGAAAGUGCGUUGCACAUCGCAGCACAAUAUUUGCAACUGAUUUUUUUUGCCGAGUUGUUGAACUACUCAGCACUAAAUGUCAACUCAACGGACACAUGUGGAUACACAGCCCUCCAUUAUGCUACAAGUAAUGAUUUAGAAGAUUACACAGUGCUACUAAUAAGGCGCGGAGCUAACCUCAACGUUCAAGCAUUGAACGGAAAGACGCCCUUGCAUGUUGCUAUUGAACACCGCAAUAUGAAUGCCAUUCAGAAACUGUGUGACAGAGAGACAAUCAAUUUUAACUUACGAGAUGACUCCGGAUGCACAGCACUACAAUUUGCGAUUAAACAUGGUGUAGAAGAAUGCAUUGAAUUGUUGCAAACUCCAGAAUUCGCAGGACAAUUAACAUCGGUGUAACUAAAGAGUCUAAAUUAUAAAGAGACGAAAUCUGAUCAUAUUCAAAAUAAAUCAGCUAGCAACUAUGCCAAAUCUAUUACGCAGCACUGCCAAUGUUGAAUCCCACGCUAAAAUUGAGUCACAAGUUUUAUGUGUUGAGUUUUCACAGUUUUGGGUAACGAAUGAAAAAUUGACUGAAUGUGUAGAAAACCAAUGUAAUGAGUAGAGCAUGCAAAGCAUGAAAAUUGCAACCGACACUCAAGUAUUCAGAAGAUAUGUUACUUCAGAAGAAGCAAAAUUUUCGUUGGCGGUAACAUUUUUGUGUGAGCCGUUUUCAGCUUGUGUGAAAAAGUGUUUGACAAGUCUCCUGCUCGAUUGGAAUGACAUUGACAGUAAACUUGGAAUUCCAAUUGGAACAUUUCGCUUCUUUGCUUAUAGUUUCUUUAGGUGUAACCAUCGCAUAGAUAGAAGAACUAACAAGCGAAGCGUGCGGAAAUAUAACUCCAUCAUCUAGGGGGACCUGGGGUAAAAUGCACCACUGAAGGAAGAUGUGACAAAAUGAAGACCAAACAACAUGUAUGCAAUGUUUUAAUACACACGUUUACUUA